AUGGCAACCCAACCAUCGGAGAAUGAGAUAUGCAAUGUGAUUUUAGAUUUCGCCGCUGAGAGCACAUAUCCGGACUCGGAGAAUAUUGUAGCAGCAAAGCUUCCCUCAUCGGCGAUUUCGAAAGAAUUGGAGCUUAUUACGCAGGCCAAAGACCAGGUGAAGACAGAAAUAAGUUCACUAAGUCGGGAUAAUGAUUUUGCUAUCGACGAUUGGAUUUCGCAGGCCAAACAGCUUCAUGCAGACCUCGAACGGUCUCGACUCACUGCGCGGGAAAUUGUAAAGCAGCAUGAAGUCACGAAGCCGCUACAGUUAAAGGUUGAGGAUGCAGCUGCAAAGGUUGAUCUAGUCGAAAAAGAAAUUGUAUUCAACCAGGCUGUGACGGACACGCUGGUAGAGGUUCAGGGCCUCUGUCAACGACUCGGUGCCACGCGAGCCAUUUGUCAAAAUGGCCAAAUUACGGCUGCGAUUGACAAUCUAGAGACGAUCGAACGUUCCAUAAACCUAGACAGCUGUUUCAAGCAUGCUAAUGUAAUGACUUUAUUGUCGGAAAACCUUGCGGAGGUGCGACGAGAAAUUGUGGGCCUGCUCUAUACUCGCUGGAACAAACACUUGGAGCUUGACCAAAAGCAGGGAACACUGACAAUUUCUGUCGAGGCUCUGGAAGAGACCAUCUCCGCUUUAGCUCGCUUGGAUGAGCUGUCUGCAGCGAGCGACAAAUUCCAGAAAGACUUGUUUCUCGACAUUCUAGAUCCCAUAUUACUUCCUAACAUGGGUGGCUACAUUCAUGGGAUCCGUGUCGAGGAAUCAUCAAUUGUUAUCAAUCCCGAGCCAUCGCCUGCCUCGGUUUCAGACGUCCUGGACUAUAUUGCCAGAAUAUUUAGCUUCCUUCGCCACUCUCUACCUGAUUCCAUCCUAACCUCUCUUUCCGACUCAUUCAUCCCCGCAGUUUCAUCAAAGAUUAUAUCUCACUGGCUGUCGUCUGCGAUACCUACGGAACUCGAUGGUUUGGACGAGUUUGAAGCCACCCUAAACCACGUCCUCCAAUUCACCAAAACCAUAAAGUCGCUUGACUGGCACGGCCAAGAGGAACUGGUUUCCUGGGCCAACCAAGCCCCACGUCUGUGGCUCACGAGGCGAAGGGUUGACUCUCUAGACCAGGUUCGACAGGUGCUCGCUGCGAGCAAAUGGGACACACGGCAAGUAGAAAGAGUCGAAAAGAGGCAGGUUUCUGAAACAGACGAGGUAUUAUUAGACAAUUCAACCUCAGAUGACUGGGAUGCCGGCUGGGACGACGAGAAAGAAGAAGAAACCGCAAAUAACGCCGACGAAGAUGUCAGCGCCUGGGGGUUGGACGACGAUACGGACGAUACGAAGGCUACGAAGCCGUAUAUUUCAGAUGCUGAUGAAGAUGAAGCCGGGGAUGCUUGGGGGUGGGCAGAGGACGACGAAGAUGAUCAAGCUCCAGCAGAAAAAGCCGCGCCGAAGAAAGUAACUGCAGAACAACCUGUCAAAGACAAUGAAACAGGAACCCGGACCAAUCCCAAGGAGAUAACAUUGAGGGAGAAUUAUACGAUUACCGAUGUACCUGAUUCUAUAAUCCGAAUUAUCCGGCAACAAAUCUCAGACUCUGAGACCAUAUCCAAACCUCCGCACUCUAACACGCUCGUAUCGUCCUCGGGUGCUGGCCUUCUUGCUCUGCCAACACUGAUACUUGCUAUGUUCAAGGCAACAGCGCCGUCAUUUUAUGGUAUCAAGCUCAAUGCGGGCCAGAUGUAUCUUUAUAAUGACAGUCUAUAUCUCUCGGACCAAGUACGCCAGGUCGCCGAUGACCAUCAGCUCUCAAGGCUCCAUGGCGACAUCGAUGCACUGGAAAAAUUUGGCAAAUUGGCAUAUAGCAAAGAAAUGCAGACACAGCGAACCAUCCUUGCAGACCUCUUAGAUGGUGCACAGGGGUUCAUUCAGUGCUCUGAACAGCCUUUUCUUGGGGAGUGUGAAAACGCUGUGAGCGCAACGGUGGAUCGGGUGCGGGAUGUUUACAAAGAGUGGCAGCCUAUCCUCUCACACUCAGCGCUGCUCCAAGCCAUUGGGUCUCUGGUAUCUACCGUAACCGACAAGAUUAUCAUUGAUGUCGAGGAUUUGGGUGAUAUAUCUGAGUCGCAGUCUCAGAAGCUGGUUUCCUUCUGCAAUCAACUCUCAAGGCUAGAAAAUCUGUUUAUGCCUCAGGCUUCGGACAACGCUGAGCCGGUACCCAUGACCGCCGUUUACCUCGCUGGCGGACAUCAAAUUUCUGUGGGUGGAGGGGGAGUUGUCCCUCGAAUUCUCAGCCGGCGAAGUUGUUGA